AUGGACACCCAGAUUCUUUGCCUUCCAGAUGGCUUGGCCUCACCCUCUCAUUCAAACAAUGCGCAUGCCUUCCCUCUUCUGCCUGAGGUGGCUAACAAACGGUCUCUUGACAUCCGGUUUGACGACGUCUCUUUCGCUUAUCCGACAAGGUCUGAGUCUCGAGUCUUCGAUUCCUUUUCACUGGAUGUUCCCGCCGGUCGAGUUGUUGCUCUUGUUGGACACUCUGGUGCCGGUAAGAUUGCUCAACUAUGGGGGUACUUUGGGGUAAUCUUGAGGCUUUGGGGAGUGGACGAAGCUUAUGACCUCAUUCCUUUUCGAGGGCAAAUUGAAUCAUGA